UGCGAAGUAACAGAAGAAGGCAUUACACAAAUAUCGUGUUUCUGUAAUCAUACUACAAAUUUUGCUAUCCUCAUGCAGGUCAGAGAUUUCCAGGUAUCGAAGAAAGAAGAGUUGACAUUAAGUACUAUAUCUUACAUUGGUUGUAGUAUAUCUCUGAUUACACAGUUUAUAACAAUAGCAGUCUUUACAUUUAUAGAAAUAUUGCGGUGUGAAAGGACAUUUGUUCACAGAAAUCUUUGUUUAGCAAUCGUCGGCGCUCAAAUUACUUUUCUUGCGGGAAUCAAGGCAGUCAAAUAUAAGAUAGCAUGUUCAAUGAUAGCUUUAGUACUACACUAUUGUUAUAUGUCUGUAUUUGCCUGGAUGUUAGUAGAAGGUUUACAUCUAUACAACCGUGUUGUAAGAGUCUUUGGAUCGGAGUUAUAUAGAAAGAUUUAUUAUUCUGUAUUUGGCUGGGGAAUGCCAGUAUUGUUGAUAGUAAUAUCAGCUGCUGCUGAUUGGGAUGGGUAUGGCACAGACAAAGUAUGCUGGUUAUCAAUAAGUAGAGAUACGAUAUGGGCAUUUGUUGGACCAGCGCUUGCUAUAAUUACGACCAAAACUACUUGUGGUCACAAUUAUGUGAAAAUUAUGUCUGUAUCUUAUGUAUAUAUGAGGUAUGUCUUUUUCAGGGCUGGUGUCAAAGGAGCCCUAUUUCUUAUACCUAUAUUAGGAAUGACUUGGGUUUUCGGUUUGUUAUCAGUGAACAGAAAUCUUAUUAUAUUUCAAUAUCUGUUUGCUGUUUCAAACUCAUUGCAGGUAACAUUUAAACAUUAA